AUGGACGGCUUGUCAACUAUUGACGGAACCGGCGCAACAAUCGGCAGAAGUGCCCCCAUCAAGGGCAUUCCCGAAUUCUCAGACCCGCUUCAAGAACGCAAAUGGAUGCUGGAUCGUAUGGCCGGCGCCUUUCGAGUUAUUGCCCGCAAGGGAUAUGUUGAAGGCACCGCUGGUCAUAUCUCGAUUCGUGACCCAGUCGACCCUGACACCUUUUGGAUCAACCCCCUUGCUCGCCAUUUCGGUCUGAUGAAAGUCAGUGACAUGGUCCAUGUCAAUAUGAAGGGAGAAAUCAUUGGUGGAAACUACGCAUGUAUCAACAACGCCGGUUUCAACAUCCACUCUGCUCUUCACGAAGCCCGACCCGACGUCAAUGCAGCAUGCCACUUCCACAGCAUCCACGGCAAGGCAUGGUCCGCCUUCGGGAGACCACUAGAAAUGCUCAACCAAGACGCGUGCACAUUCUUCAAAGAUCAUGCCGUUCACGACAUGUUUGGCGGCAUUGCAUUCGAAGCCUCGGAAGGAGAGAGGAUAGCUACAGCUCUAGGCAACAAAAGGUGUGCCAUCUUGAAGAACCAUGGUCUCGUGACGACAGGGAAGACGGUCGAUGAGGCGGCGUUCCUGUAUACCCUGAUGGAAAACUCCUGUCGCAUACAGCUUCUUGCAGAGGCUGCUGUAGCAUCGGGGAUCGAGAAGCACCUUUGUCCUGAUGCCGAAGCUGAGUAUACAUACCGGUUGACUACACCUGAGGCCAUGUGGUUGGAGUUCCAGCCGGAUUACGAAUAUGAACUGGCCAUGUCAGGCGGAGACUUUCUCUCAUGA